AUGGAAGAGUUCGUGAGGGUGCGUGGGAGCAACGAUGGGCUAAGGGAGCGUAGCAACGGCAAUUGGUGCGCGAAGAAAGAAGAUUUUUGGGGUGUGGAGGAGAAGAAAUGCGCCCGGCCUCCCAGUGGCUUUGUGUGGCGGCGGCCGCAGAGCAGCAGUCGAGCGACCUCGAGCUUCUCGCAGGAGGAUCCGAGCGGCCAAGGGCGGAGGUGCCCUUCGCGGACGACGGAGGCGCUCCAACCCAGUACGGUGAGGCGCAACUAACUGCAUCAGGCGAAGGGAAGACCUUUCCUUUUUGUUUUCCUUGUUAUUGUUUGUUCUGUGUACUGCGGACUAGAAUGUGUUCUGUGACACCUGUUCUCUGGAGGAAUCCAAGUGAAUGACGUUUUUUUCGUGUAAUUCAAAAUAUAUCUGUUCUAAGGACUUUAUCUUCGUCAAAAGAAGAUUGUUGGCUUACAAAAUGUGACUUACGAAAUAUGUGCGCAGCGCCAAGUGAUAAACUUUAGGCGGAAUAUUUAUACGAGUAAUAUGCGUUUUGUUUUCGACGUGAUUUUAUCUGGCUUUGAACACUCUCGUCCUGGCGGACGUAUCGUGUGGCGCCAAAGG